ACCGCGCAUGUACUGUGACGCCGCUUGGCUCUCGCCAUCGUCCAUUUUGCCGUAGUUCUGCGAAAGUCUGCCGCGUCCGUUCGUACGUGGUGCUGCACGGGAGACUGAAAUCAUUGGCGUGACUUUAUAGGCGCUUUCUCUGGCCAAAAACGAUGUCCGAACCUUCGACCGAGGUGGAGUUCCCGGAGGGAGCUGAGGUCCGCAAGCUGUCGGAGCUCAGGGUUAUCGACCUGAAGGCCGAGCUGAAGAAACGAAACCUGGAUACAACGGGCGUCAAGAGCGUGCUAUCGGAGCGACUGAAAAAGGCAAUUGAAGAAGAGGGUGGAAAUCCGGACGAAAUUGUUGUUACACCGGAGUCGGCCCCUAAAAAGGCAAACGCACAUAAACGGGUUGCCAAAGAUACCCGGCAAGAAAACGAUGAACCAGAUGACAGCAACAUUGAGGACGACUCACAGGAUGGACAUGAGGAUCUGCAAGAAGACCACGAAAGCAUGCAGGACAUGGACAUCCUUGAGAUGAAUGUGUUAGAUGAGACCGAGAAUGACACUGAAGUACCACCUGGAGAUGAUGGCGAGGAAAACUUCUACGGGAACGAACACUCUCUGCUGAAUGAAGAAGCCUCCCAAAGCUUUGGUUCAGAAGAUGAAGGGAGGGAUCCAGAGAUCGACAGGCCUCUGCUGUUUGAAGACACCAGUUUGAUAGAUCCCCCAGAGAAUAUGGCUCAUGAUGUGGAUGCAGACGAGGUGAAAGAAGAAACAGAAAAUAAAGUAGCUGGGUCUUGUUUAUCUGAGCCACUAAAAGAAGAUCAGGACCAGAGCCACGAGACGAGCCCUGAAGAUGAACAAGGCGCCACCACCGGAGAGGAUAACACUGUGCCCACCAAGGCUGCCUCUGGCGAUGUGGACAGCGACAGGGCUGUUGAGGAGACUGACCCCAAAGAGGCUGGGGAUGCACCGAAUGUCCCUGAAGAGACUCUGGACGUUGAAAACAAAAGCUCGCAGGCUGUUAGUGUAAGCGAACAGGGCGGCGCACAUGAAACUGUUGAUUCAGAAAUGGGGUCUAAGAAGGGUGAGGAGGAUGAGAAGACAGAAGAGAAAGCUGCCGUGGACACAGCCUCACCACUGAAAGAGUCCUCUUCUGUAGAGGGCGAUGAUCAGAAAAAGAGCUCUGACGAACAAGAAGGCAAGACAGAGUCGAAAGAUGAAAAGGGUGGUGCUGCAGCAAGCAGUAGCAGAAACCUGUGGGUCAGUGGCCUCGCCUCCACAACUAGAGCAGCUGAUCUGAAAACGCUUUUCAGCAAGUAUGGGAAGGUCGUGGGCGCCAAAGUAGUGACCAAUGCCAAGAGUCCCGGGGCUCGCUGCUAUGGCUUCGUCACAAUGUCCUCAACAGAAGAGGCCACCAAGUGCAUCAGCCACCUCCACAGGACGGAGCUUCAUGGCCGGAUGAUCUCUGUGGAGCGAGCGAAAAAUGAGCCUGCAGGGAAGAAAACUGUCGACAAGAAUGACGCCAAGAAGACCAGCAACAGGAGACACUCAACUGACUCCAAGUCUGAUGGAAAAGAUGACAAGUCCGAAACGGAGGGGAAAGAUGGCAAAGGCAGAAAUGAGAGAACCGUCGUGAUGGACAAGUCUAAAGGAGAACCUGUUAUCAGCGUGAAGACCAAAAGCAAAGAGAGGAGCACCAAGAGCCGUGACCGCAAGUCAUCCAGCAAGGAGACAAAGGACAUCCUGUCGUUUGACCAGAUCAAAGAGCAGCGAGAGCGGGAAAGACAGCGGCAACGAGAGAGGGAGCUCCGCGAGGUGGAGAGACGCAGAUACACAGACCGCGAUCGUGACGGCCGUCCAGAUCGGGAACGUGAGCGCAUCCGUCUCUUCAGAGAGCGGGAGGAAAGGAAACAUCUGAUGAGGAAGAGACGGUGGCUUGAGGCAGAGAAAGAACGUCUUGACGCCGACCGCAUGGAGCGCCAGUUCCUGGAACGAGAGAGGCUCCGCAUCGAGUAUGAGAGGCGUCGAGAACAGGAGCGGAUUCUCCGAGAGCGUGAAGAGCUGCGGCGACAACAGGAGCAACUCCGCUACGAGCAGGACAGACGACCUCCGAUCAAACGUCCCUACGACAUGGAUGGAAGAAAAGAUGAUUGGACAGAAAAGCGCAUGUCCCUGGAUGACCGCUACGGCCGGUCCGACUUCGGCCGGCAAGAUCGCUAUCAGGAUUUUGAUCACAGAGAGCGAGGACGCUUCCCUGAUGACAUGAUGUUGGACAGACGGGACGGUCGCGGUAUGGGCGGAGACAGGGACGGUCAGCAUUUCUCAGACCGAUCAGAUCGGCACAGCAGAGACUCGUGGGGCGGAGGCUACGACAAACGCAUGAACUCCAGGGAUGGUGGUCGUGACUGGGACUCGGGAAGGAAGUUGGAUGGUGACAGGACAUGGCAAGGUAGAGAUGGUGCCAUUCCAGGCCAGAGCCACAUGGCACGUGGAGGAAUGGCAGGGCGUGGAGGCUACAUGAACACAGGAACCUCUCAGUCUCUAUCCGGAGCUCUAAACCGACAGAACCAGGUGAUGCAGGGCGGCGGCGGACUGCAGAGUGGAGCUUUCGGUCGACGCUACUGACCCCUGUUUGAAUGAAGAAAUGAGUGGGACUGUUUGAGGUGGUCACUUCUGAAAGAAUGGGGCUAUCAUGUUUUUGUAUAUUUUUGAAGACAGUUGAUUUCUCUUCCAUUCAGAUGGACAUCAACCAUUUGGUAGUGGACUCAUGUCAUGUAUUUAUCAUUCAUGCCUGCCUGCAUUGUUCCCGUAAGAUGCGCGUUUGUGUGUGAGAGCGUCCAAACUGUUUUUAACUCAGAUGUGUAUUAGGCACCUGGACCUACCUUCACCCGUCUCCUUUCUGUACCAAGCCUCUUGGAAGCGUUUAGUCUCAACUGCCUAUUCCUGUUUUUUUAGGUCUCAUUCUCCUCACAAGCUUGGUUUUUUGCAGAUAGAACAUUAUUUUGAACUUGUUAGAGCUUGAUUAUUCAUGUGUUUACUGUGCAUAUAGAAUGUUUGAAUGCCCUGAAGUUCACUGUUUUAAUACUAUGAUUGGUGGCUGAACAGCUGGCGUGUUGUGAAAUUUAAAUUUUUUCCACUGUUGUCAUUGGAAGCAUCACUCCCCAUGUUCUCUUAAAAUUGUAACAUUUUUUUCUGAUGUUGAUUUUAAGGAUGUGUUGAAUAAAGUAUCUUGUUUCACAAUUUCAGUUGU